AUGGAAGAGACACGGGAGUCCAUAGAGUCAAUGAUCGAAGCAACAUAUUCUUCAUUUCACGUAUUUUGCGGAGGAAACGAAUUCGUCUUGAAUGUCUGUGUACCUUUUAUGAUUCUGUUGACUGUGUAUUGGUCAGUGAGUGCGCUCUUCAUUGUUGUGGAUUUGACUGGAAAACCUAAUUUCAUUGUUCAGUUCAAAGUUCCAGAUCAAAGUCAAACACAAUAUCCGAGAGUCAACCACGACAAACUUUGGGGAGUAGUUUCUCAAGUGCUUUUUAAUCAAACUGUGAUAGCUGUUCCUGUCAUCUACGCCUGUUACGUGCUCAAAUAUCGAUUGGGAUAUGAUAAUGGACAAUCGAUUCCAAAGUGGCAUCGAUUCAUUUUUGACAUUGUGGCACAGAUCCUAACCGAAGAAGUACUUUUCUACUAUUCACACAGGUGCUUGCAUAAUCCGCUUUUUUACCGACGAUACCAUAAGAAACAUCACGAGUGGAUCUCUCCUAUCGCAGUCGGUGCAAUCUACUGCCACCCGGUGGAACACUUACUGUCCAACCUGUUGCCCACUUUCGCUGGAUCAGUGGUCAUCGGAUGCCAUGCCACUUCUCUUUGGGCGUGGCUUGCUUAUGCCACUUUUUACGGAGUUGUUGUUCAUUCUGGAUACCAUCUGCCAUUCACACCUACUCCAGAAUUUCAUCACUACCACCACCAAAAGUUUAACGAGAACUUCGGAGUGAUUGGAAUUUUAGAUUGGCUGCAUGGAACUGACAAGAAUUUUAGAAAAUCAUUAUCAUAUUCGAGGGACAAAGUUUUAUUAACUUUAACUCCUCUUAGUUGA